CAAAGAAAAGAAACGUCAAAUGUGUCAAAACAGUGUGACAAUUUUGAAUAUUUUCAACUAUUGAUGGAAUUGUCUGCUAGUCAUAUUUUGCGCAUUUAAAAUUAUUCGGCUGAUAACAUUAAAAAUGAGUGAGCUGGAAAACAUCAACCCAAGUAUCUACAGAAAAUGCGAGGACCGAAAAAUAACCAGAGAUGAUGAAGAUGACAAUGUUGCUGAUCCUUUUGACGAACGAGAGAUCUUUGAUCUCAUACGCAACAUUAACGAUCCGGAGCACCCACUUACCCUGGAAGAGCUGCACGUUCUGGAACAAAGUCUCAUAACGGUGGACAAUGAGCGGAGCAUCGUGAAGGUUCUGUUUACACCCACGAUUCCACACUGUAGCAUGGCCACGUUGAUAGGCCUCUCGAUUCGAGUAAAACUCCUGCGGGCUCUACCACCACGUUUUAAAGUAUCGGUUGAAAUCAAUCCUGGUACACAUGCGUCGGAAAAUGCGGUGAACAAGCAGCUGGCCGAUAAGGAACGGGUAGCCGCUGCUCUAGAGAACACCCAUCUCAUCGAAGUUAUCAAUCAGUGUAUAGCGGUUCCGAUGAAAUAAAUAGUUAAACAAUAAACUACGUCUUUACUUAAGUGUUAA